AUGCCACAGUUAACGAUGUCACGUCUGUCAGUUAAUCACAAGUUAGAGACCAUUGUAUCAUUGGAUACGAAAACAAAAGAACUGAUUGUUGAAAUUGAAAACAUUAGUAAAGGAAUCAAUAAUACGAAAUCUUGUCGAGAAAAACUAGAUGGUUACCAAACUAGAAUUAGAGAGAAUCUCGUAACUAUUAAUUCGAUUUUGGAUGAAUUGCAAACGUUCGGACGUGAAACAAACAUUUCAUCUACAAACAGGACACUGUAUGAAGCAAUUGUUCAGAAUAAAAAACAACUCUUUACACUGCAGGAUCGAUAUCGUAAAGCUAUCUUUGCAGCCAAUUCAACUUUAGAAACUGUUGAAAAGGCUGAACUUACUAAUCGUUCGUCAAGAACUGAAAUCGGUAACAAGAUUUCCAAUUUAGAAGAACAAUAUCAAAACUCAUUGGAACUUACUCAAGAUAUGACGAGGUAUGCUAGACUUCUAGCGGAAGAAGUUCAACGUGGAGCUGUUAAUGCUGAAUUACUUGAAAAUUCAUCAAAUAAAUUAAUCUCGAAUUAUUCUGAACUGAAAGAAAUGGCUGGACAUAUGAAUCAGUCGAAACAUUUAACAUCUUUAGCUCGUCGGCGUCGUUUUACAGAAAGAGUGCUUUUCUUUCUAGCAUUUUCAUUUUUCUUUUUAAGUUGUGGAACUAUAUUUUUACAUAGGAUACCUAUGGGACAUUGGUUUUUGCCAUCUAGUUAUUAG